GGAAGUGGUGGUUACUAAGGCGACGCCGAGACGCCCAGUCUGGGGAGCACAACCUCGGAUCCUACUAUCGCGGGUGGCGGCUCCCUUGGUGUCUUAGGACUUCGGCUUGCCACCUGAAUCUCCAGACAGAGGUCGUGAGGGACCGGUCUCCCCAUUCUCAGGCGUUCCCAGGGCUCCCGCGUUUCCCGCUUUUCAGAGUUUCAUAGAAGUUCUCUGUCCCACCUUCUGUGAUGUCGUCCUCCAAAAAAAAUCAGACCCAGAAGAUGAGGCUGCCUACAUUUACACGAAAGGGACCACUGGAGGUGCCAUCCCCAUCAGAGAAGGACUGGUCUAAGGAUAGCAUAGAGGAUUAUGUUAUCAAGGACCUAGAUCCGGGGGUGGAUUCCCUGCCUCAGCCUUAUCGAAUGAUCAAUAAGCUGGUGAAUCUUCUGUUUGACUGGGCAUGGCAACUUAUUGAAGAGAGGGACAUGUUGAAGGAAUCUGAGAGCGAUUGCAUCCAGCUUACUGUCCACCCUCCACUGAAAGAAAUUCAGCUAAACAAAAUACCCAAUUGUAUGGCUAUUGCUCAAGAUUAUGUAUUUAUUGGAGUAGCCAAAGGAUUCUUUAUCUAUAAUUUGUGCAACUCUAAACGAAUAUGUGCUUGGGAGAAACUGAAGGUUGAUGUCACCUCCAUCUGGGCCAUGGAUUUAGGGAGUGAAAUACUCUUUGCUCCCCUGGAUGAAAUGGGUAUCAUUAGACUGUUUUACUUUUAUAAGGAUGGUCUUUUCCUAAUCAAAGCCAUCAAUGAAGUGGAUGAUACCAGCAAGCAAAGCACCUGUGUAAAGAUGGCGAUCUCUCAGGGUGGGGACUUUGCAGCCUUCCUCUUACAAGGAGCUGGAGAUGUUUGGCUGGAUGUGUAUAAAUUGCCCAAGGAGUCUUGGCUCAAGGAAGUGGAGCACCCCCAAGUCACUUUAAAUGCAAAGAAGAAAGCCAGACAGCUGCAACCGAACACUGUUGAUCCCACUACCACAGAUAACUUAGAAAUGGAUAUGAACAUUUGUUUUAGAGGUGACAUUAAGUUGAGUGUUCCAAGUCCCAUAAUGAAGAUCAAACCACCUAAACCUAUAACAGGAACCACAUUUAAAAGUCCCCUGGAAGUCUUUGCAAAGAUAGAAGAUUGUUAUGGGCUGGGCUCUGGGCAGAAUCACUUCAUCAAGGAGAGUCAGUGGGAACGCCAAGCAGAAAUCUUCCAGGCCUCCUACAGGAAGUUCCUGGAUGGGGAGUGGGAGGAGGAACCACUCAGUAUGGCCACAUUCCAUUUCCUCCUUCCUAGCUGCCUCGUUUCAAUGCCAGCGGAAGCCAAGAGCCCUUCUGGAGUAGCCUGUAUCCUUGGCAUCCACUGGACUGGAAGUCACAACUUCUUCCUCUAUUCACUCAACAGAACUCUGAAGGAUAAAGCUGACCCUGAGGGCGUGUGGCCCUGUGCUGCGCCCAUUGCAGUCUCUCAGCUCAGCUGCUCCUCUUCCUACCUGGUGCUGGCCUGUGAGGAUGGUGUGCUCACCCUGUGGGACCUGGCUGAAGGAUUCCCUCUUGGGGUCAUUGCUCUUCCUGAAGGAUGUAUCUGCCAAAGUAUUCACUUCCUAAAAUACUUCUUGGUCCACAAAAGACGGAACAUGUUUCCUGAGGGACCAGUGAAAUCCCAGAUGCAAUGUGUAGUGCUGUGCACAGAUGCUUCCCUUUAUCUAGUGGCUGCCAGUGGGACCCAAGGACCCACCAUCAGUAUGCUUGUUGAGAGACCCAUAAAGCAUCUGGAUAAAGCCAUCUGUGCAGUGGCCCCAGUCCCAACCUUACCUGGCAUGGUGCUGAUCUUUUCCAAGAAUGGCUCUGUGAACCUCAUGGAUAUAGCCAAGGCUGAAGUCAUCUGUGCCUUUGCUCCCCCCAGAUCCUACCAUCUGGAGGUGCCCUGGGAGCCGUUAUUUGUUGUGUCUUCACACCAUCCGUGUUUCCUGCUCCACGGGGGCUGUCCAGAUGAAACUGAUGCCACCAAAGACAAUGCCAACGACAUUUGGAAUUCUGUGUUCUGUUUCGAUUUUGAGGACUACCCACUCCUGGAAAAUAUCUCCAAAAACUGCACCGUUCCUCUAAGGGACUUGAGAGAUAACAAGGUGUUCCCCUGGGUGUUGCCAUUGGAGGAAAGAUGCCAGUGUUUUCUCCAGAAGAGCUUCCAGAGACUGAAGAAAAACCAGGAGAAAGGGCACAAUGAGCUGUGGGUCCGGUUUCGGAAGUACUCCAUGAUUCUCCAGAAAGAGAAUGUCAAGAAGUUUUGCCCGGGGACUCUCUGAAGAGGCUUCAACCUAGGCAGCAUCUCCCCAGAAUGCCCUGAGGUAAGAGGACACAGUGACAAAAAGCCACAACUCAAGGGCUCUGGACUUGUGGUCUGGGACCUCCCCAGGGCUGGCAAGGGAAAGGCAAAUUUUGGGGACCUUUGAACACUAAGCUUCUUGUCAGUGCCCUCCAGUGGUCAGAUGUGCCACCCAAAUAAACAGUGAUAGUGUUUCCAGCCUCUAAGUUGCUGGACUGUGUGUGUCCCAUCAUUCCCACCUGGCCCAGACUCCAGCAGGGCCCAGCUAGUGGCCCUCCCAGGCCUGGAAAGCUACUUUCCUCAAAUGACCGAGAUGCCCAGAAGCUACUGUGUGGCCCUUUCCAGCCACUUUUUCAUCUCUAUGUGGGCUCCUAACCUUUACAGAACCGCUUUGAAGGACUGACUUAUGGCCUAGUGGUAGGAGCACUUAGCAGGCUCCAGGCCCUGGGUUAAUCUGGAGCUUAAGGAAAUGUCUGCCUCUCUGAGGACACCGUGUGGUUCCUUUGAGCACUGCAGGAGGUUGUUACAGCCUGGCCCUGGGGUCUCACCCAGCCUCACCCAUGAUGAUAAACUGCUCCAGAAAAUUGACUGCAUGCAGGAUUUGUGUCGGCUGCUUCCUUUGUGCCUCUACUCACUCAUUCCCUGGGUCACACACCAUGCCCCUUGCUGGCACAACAUCUCUUAUGGUGCUAACAUUGACUGGCUUAAUGUCCCC